AUGGCUGCUAUCUGUUGGUGGAUAUUUUUUUCUAGUGUUUUUUGGGUCGCCGACAGCUCGCCGGCUCCGGAUGAAGAUCUUGAUACGGUACGAAAGGAGAACGACUUACCACCGGUGAUCGAUGAUGACGCAGAAUUGACAGUUCCACAGCUAAUCCGUAAGUACGGCUAUAGGAUGGAAAGUCAUGUAGUGAUCACAGAAGACGGUUAUAUUUUGACAAUGUUUCGCAUCUUUCCGAGACAGCCCGUCGAAACGGCGAAAUUACCUGUUCUCAUGGUGCAUGGCUUGUUUGGUAGCUCAGCUGAUUUCGUGAUUAGUGGACCAAACACCAGUUUAGCCUAUCUAUUGGCAGACGAUGGUUACGAAGUUUGGUUGGCGAACGUUCGAGGAACGCGUUACUCAAGAAAUCAUACAUCGAUGGUAGUGGAAUCCAAAGAGUAUUGGGAUUUCUCGUGGCAUGAAAUUGGUUAUUAUGACCUACCGAAGAUGAUUGAUUACAUUUUAAAUACGACAAAAGCGUCGAAACUUCACUAUGUCGGACACUCGCAGGGCUGCACUGUCUACUUUGCGAUGAGUGGUAGUCGAUCGGACUACAACGAUAAAAUAGUGCUCAUGACAGCCAUGGCCCCCGCUGUUGUUGUCAAGCGUGUUCGCAGUCCAAUACUGCGAGUAAUGCUAAGUUUAGCCGACAAGAUUGAAGAGAUCUUGAGCGCCCUAAAUAUUGUGGAAUUAUUACCCUAUAAUGAAAACACAUACCGCGUUGCAAAGCACGUUUGUCCACCGGAGGAGUCCAACAAUGUAUGCAGCCAAUUGGUAGGUCAGAUAGCAGGACCUCAUCCGGAGAUGUACGAUCAGAAAUUGGGACUUAAAUACAUGGGCCAUGCUCCAGCCGGAGCCUCCACCAAACAGUUGAGCCAUUUUACCCAGGUUGCUCGCAGCGGCUUAUUUCGUCAGUACGACUAUGGUAAACGUGGCAAUCUUCAAACCUACAGUGACUGGAAACCUCCUGCUUAUAAUCUCAAUUCCUCGCUCGUUCCGGUUGUAAUAUUCUAUGGACUGAACGAUUGGAUGGUGCACCCCCGAGACGUGCAGCAGUUUUCCAGGAUGUUGCCCCGCCUAGUGUCGGCGAAUGUCGUUGCGGACAAGAAGUUCAAUCACUUGGAUUUCAUUUUAGCAAAAAACGUCCGUUCACAGGUAUAUGAUAAACUAAUACCAAUACUGAAUCAAUACAGUGAUGUUUAG